AGACACCCAAUGACCAAUCACGGAUAGCCAUCAAGUCAGUACAUAUCAGCAGCAGAGACCCAGACGAUGCUUUUGAUGUCACUCUCGUUGAACUGAGGCUCCACACACAGCAUGACAAGCUACACUGAUAAAGGGGAGAAGCAUGAAAGGGGAAAAUUUGUCAGGUUUCAUCAUGUCACCUUUUGGGUCGGCAAUGCCAAACAGGCGGCAUCCUUCUACUGUGACAAGAUGGGCUUUGAGCCUCUGGCCUACAAGGGCUUGGAGACUGGCAGCCGAGAGGUCGUCUCACAUGUCAUCAGGCAAGAUAAGAUCAUAUUUGCAUUUGAUUCUCCACUCAAUCCUGGAAAUGAAGAGAUGGGAGCGCACUUGAUGAAGCACGGAGAUGGAGCCAAAGACAUUGCGUUCCAAGUGGAGGACUGUGACUACCUAAUCAAGACGGCCAAGCAGCGAGGAGCUGUCAUUGUGAAGGAUCCCUGGGUGGAGGAGGACAUCCACGGCAGGGUCAAGUAUGCUGUGGUGCAGACGUAUGGAGAUACGACGCACACAUUUAUUGAGUACCUGGGGCCCUACAAAGGCCUUUUCCUGCCUGGCUACAAAGAACCAAUGUUUCGGGAUCCACUUUUAGCCAAACUGCCACAAGUAGGUUUGCGCUUCAUCGAUCACGUAGUGGGAAACCAGCCAGAUGACCAAAUGGUUCCAACAUCAGACUGGUAUCAGAAGUGCUUGAUGUUCCAUCGGUUCUGGUCCAUCGAUGACAAGCAGAUCCACACGCAGUACAGUUCACUCAGGUCAAUCGUGAUGACCAACUACGAAGAAACCAUUAAGUUGCCCAUCAAUGAACCCGCGGUGGGGAAAAAGAAGUCACAAAUACAGGAAUAUGUGGACUAUAACGGGGGAGCGGGCGUUCAGCACAUUGCCCUCAACACAUCAAACAUCAUUCAAGCCAUUGUGAACUUGCGCGCCCGAGGGAUGGAGUUCCUCUCAGCACCUGACACCUACUACGACAGCCUGAGGGAGAAGCUCAAAAUUGCCAAGAUAAAAGUGAAGGAGGACCUCAACCGUCUGCAGGAAUUGAAAAUCUUAGUUGACUUUGAUGACAAGGGCUACCUCCUCCAAAUCUUCACCAAACCCGUGCAGGAUAGACCCACCCUCUUCUUGGAGGUCAUCCAGAGGAACAACCACUUUGGCUUCGGGGCAGGAAACUUCAAGUCCCUCUUUGAAGCCAUCGAGAUGGACCAAGAAGCCAGAGGCAAUCUGACUUCGGUGACAACCAAGGGCCAGGACCAGGCCUUCUACUGAUUCUGUUAAGCGACGCAUCUCAGAGGCAACCAACAACUACCUCCAUCAAGUCAUGUACAGGAGUGCUGGCUGUCUCCAAGCGUUUGGCGCAUACCU